GUGGAUUUUAAACGAUACUAUUCAUAAAGUCGAUUGUCUCCAUUCUCCAUCGACUGUUGCGAAGCUUCAAAGUUCCCAACGCCAUUGUCGUUUGUCGAAAUCCUCAAUAAAACCCAAAGCCCUCUUUCAUCUUUACAUUUUACGAGUGCCAAUUCCGCAUAGCCAAAUGUGCAAAGAGAACCGCGCCGAGACCCGAAUCCAAACCCUAGAAUGCCGAAGAAGCUCGUAGUCCGAACCCCUACCCCUACAAAUGGCGAAGCACUCGAGCGGGUGGGUCGCUUUGCACAAGCGCUGGCUCCUUGCUCUCCUUCUACUGCUCUCCGUCUCCACGUUGAUCGCGUUCUUCAUCAGAUCCGCCUUCGACUCAUGCGAUCGCCACCCCGAAAUCGUGGAUAAGUGGGUUAACUCGGUUUCGGGGUCCGGGUCCAGGGCGAGUCCACUCAGUUUUAUGAAAUCCAAGCUCGUCCUUCUCGUCUCGCACGAGCUCUCUCUUUCUGGUGGACCAUUGUUGCUGAUGGAGCUUGCAUUCCUUUUAAGAAGUGUUGGUGCUGAGGUUUGUUGGAUUACAAUCCAAAAGCCUCCUGAAUCUGAUGAAGUUAUUUACAGUUUGGACCAUAAGAUGUUAGACCGAGGAGUGCAGGUCUUCUCUGCCAAAGGUCAGCAAGCUUUAGACACAGCCCUCAAAGCUGAUUUGGUUGUUUUGAACACAGCAGUUGCUGGGAAAUGGCUAGAUGCUGUUCUCAAGGAAAAUGUUCCUCGUGUUCUACCAAAAGUGUUGUGGUGGAUACAUGAAAUGCGUGGGCAUUACUUCAAAAUGGACUAUGUCAAGCACCUGCCUUUGGUUGCUGGUGCUAUGAUUGAUUCACAUGUAACGGCAGAAUACUGGAAGAGUAGGACUCAUGAGCGCUUGAGAAUUAAAAUGCCUGAUACCCAUGUUGUUCACCUUGGAAAUAGCAAGGAACUUAUGGAAGUUGCUGAAGACAGUGUAGCGAAAAGGGUUUUGCGUGAACAUGUCAGGGAGUCACUUGGAGUGCGAAAUGAAGAUUUACUAUUUGCUAUCAUAAACAGUGUUUCACGUGGAAAAGGCCAGGAUUUAUUUCUGCGUUCGUUCUAUGAAAGCUUGCAACUGAUUCAAGAGAAGAAGUUGAAGGUGCCAGCAAUGCAUGCAAUUAUUGUUGGAAGUGACAUGACUGCUCAGACCAAGUUUGAGUCAGAAUUACGCAACUUUGUAAUGCUGAAGAAAAUACAAGAUCGAGUUCACUUUGUAAAUAAAACUCUGACUGUAGCACCUUACCUAGCUGCAAUUGAUGUUCUCGUUCAGAAUUCCCAGGCCCGAGGAGAAUGCUUUGGUAGGAUAACAAUCGAAGCUAUGGCAUUUCAGCUGCCUGUACUGGGAACAGCGGCAGGCGGCACCACAGAGAUCGUAGUGAAUGAGACGACAGGUCUGCUGCAUCCUGUUGGAAAAGAAGGGAUUUCUCCCCUUGCCAAAAAUAUUGUGAAACUCGCCACUCAUGUUGAAAGAAGGCUCACAAUGGGGAAAAGAGGUUAUGAAAGGGUCAAAGAGAUGUUUUUAGAGCGGCACAUGGCGCAUAGAAUUGCUGCUGUUCUGAAGGAAGUGUUGCACAAGUCAAAGAGCAGCUAACUGGCUUAAGGCUUUCAAGGGCCAUAUCAUUUUAAACCAAAUUGGGAGUUUUGAGUUUUUCUGUAGUAAUAGCCAAACCUACUCCGGCUGCUGGCUAUGGUCCGUAUUCUUAGAAAGGUUUUAGAUUUGUGUACAGAUAAGAAAUUAAGCUUAGUAGCUUGUCACAGGGUUGCCAUCAAUAUACAGUGGAAAAUUUUUGUUGUUCCAAUAGUAUUGGCUUGACGAUGGUUUUUGGCAGAUAGAUCAAAAUUACAAACCUUCUUCUUCUUCAUAUAAAUGAGCCUUUUCAUUGUA